AUGGCAACUGAAAUGCCAUUGCACACAGUAUACGAUACUGCUACAAUACGAGCGGUCACUCAAGAAUGCCAGCAGGAAUUCCGAACUUGCGCUGAGGUUCCAGCGUUGACUGAAAAGCACUGGGCGGAGAACCGGCUGGCUGACUUCAAUCUUUGGGGUGCCUGGGUCGGCGCAAGCGCCGAGGAGCCGAAUUCGCUGGAGCUCCAUCUGUACCAUGAUUCAGAGGCUCAGAAGGUAGUCAUAAGCACUCUAAGCAUACUAAUAGCAUGGCUACGAAAGUGUAAAGAAGUGGCCGAAACUCAGCGAACGGGUAGCCAGCCGCCAGCCGCCGCCUCCGACUCGAAUGCGAUACCAACGCGAACGAAUACAAGCGACGGACACGAGACGCCCAUCGGUUUACAAGAAGCUAAAAAGAGCGUCGGAGAUAUACUUGCGGCCUUGAUAGAUUUGGGUAUCGCGAUUGGACACGAUGUAGGUGGCGUUCCGUCGCGGUUCACGGCGGCUGAUCGUGCUUUGGAGGAACAGGCAGAUGGAAGCCUUUACCUCGAGCUCACCGAGCACUUGAAGUUCGUGCUAAGCUCGGCAAAAAUUCCGCGUAUAGCGACAAGGUCGAACGAGGCCUUGAUGAGGAGGACUUCUUACCAAGAACUGGCCGUUCCGAAGAGCUGGGCCGUAGUGGGCGAUGUAUCGCAUGAACAACUGAUAUUAUUGAAGGCGAACAUCAAGAGGCACAACAGGUUCGUAUACGCUCAGAAGAGAGAAGUAAGUUUAAAAGUUCUCCAAGUACAAGCAGACACGUCGUAG